AUGGAUCAUAAACAUUUUCAUCCUUUUGCGGAGGAAAGAGGUGUUGCAUUACCUUCCAGAAAAGCAUUUAUAGAUGCUUCCACAGUACCUCUUCCACCAGAUUUAGAUGAUCAAGAAGCAACUCUGAAACAAAACAAGAUGGCAUCACAGGCAGCAAUGCAAAAGUCUCUGUUUGAGAGAAAGCCUCAGCAGGAGCAGAAACUGUUGGAGAGACUAUAUUACCGAGCACAGGAUGAGCAGAUGGAAGAAUACUCCUUGUGCAACCAAUAUGAGCAAAAGAUCCGCCCCUGCAUUGAUCUCAUCGACAGUCUGAGGGCUCUUGGAGUAGAAAAGGACCUGGCUUUGCCCGCGAUUGCAGUGAUCGGAGACCAGAGCUCUGGAAAAAGCUCCGUCCUAGAAGCCCUGUCUGGUAUUGCUCUUCCUAGAGGAAAUGGUAUUGUUACUAGAUGUCCCUUGGAACUUAAACUCAAAAAAACACCCGCUACGCAGAAAUGGAAAGGGAAAAUUAGUUACCGCAAUAACAGUGAAGAGCUCAAAAACCCUUCUGAGGUGGAGGAAGCAAUAAGAGAAGUCCAGAACAUUGUGGCUGGUACUAAAGGUGCCAUUAGUAGCGAACUAAUUUCCCUAGAAGUCUGGUCCCCAACUGUCCCAGACCUGACACUAAUUGAUCUUCCUGGAAUUGCUAGAGUGGCUGUAGGAGAUCAGCCAGAAGACAUUGGGGAACAGAUCAAAAAGCUACUUAAAAACAUUAUUGGCAACAAAGAGACACUCAAUUUGGUAGUGGUGCCCUGUAAUGUGGAUAUUGCAACAACAGAAGCACUGAAAAUGGCUCAAGAGGUGGAUCCCAAAGGAGAAAGGACACUAGGAAUCCUUACAAAACCUGAUUUGGUGGACAAAGGAACUGAAGAGUCUGUCGUUAACAUAAUACGAAAUCUGAUCGUCCCCCUCAAAAAAGGUUACAUGGUUGUGAAGUGUCGUGGGCAACAGGACAUCCGCAACAAUCUGACCUUAGCCUCGGCAAUCCAGCAGGAGAAAGAAUUCUUUGAGACUCAUGAACAUUUUAGCGUUCUUCUGCAUGAAGGAAAGGCUACUGUCCCUCUUCUGGCAGAGAAGCUCACAAGUGAACUUGUGGGACAUAUUAUUAAAACGUUGCCUACGCUAGAAAACCAAAUACGCAGUGAACUCCAAAAAACACUGCAAGAACUACAGAAAUACAGACGAGGCAUACCCACAACAGAGUCCGAUAAGCUGCUUUUCCUCACAGAUCUGAUUAAACUGUAUAAUGAAGAUAUUGCUCAUUCAAUGCAUGGGGAGGAACAUUUGUCUGGAAAUGAAGUCAGACUGUUUACAAAAAUCCGCAGAGAGUUUCAAAAUUGGGAAGGAGUUCUCCAAGAUAGUAGUAUAAAGGUUACAAAAAUUGUACCUAAAAAAGUGUGGAAAUAUGAAGCCCAGUAUCGUGGACGGGAGCUCCCAGGCUUUACCAGUUAUAGGACAUUUGAGGACAUUAUAAAAGAGCAAAUCAUGAAACUGGAGGAGCCAGCUGUUGCGAUACUGAACACCGUGGUCGAACUGGUUGAAGAGUCUUUUCUGGAAGUCACCAAAAAGCAUUUUGCUGAUUUUCACAAUCUGUAUAGAGCUGCUAAGGCCAGAAUUGAAGACAUUAAAGAGAAACAAGCAGCAGAGGCUGAAAGAAACAUCCGGACUCAGUUUAAAAUGGAGACUAUUGUAUACUGCCAGGACAACAGUUAUAUUGCUGCUUUAAAAACUAUUCACGGAAAAAAGAACGGCGAUGUGAAAGCACUCCUGACCUGUGAAAGGGCUUCAGUGCAAGACCCCUCCUUUGCCGAGGAGAUGGUUUCUCACACACAGGCCUAUUUCAAUGAAGCAAGAAAUCGCCUCUCCAGUCAGAUUCCUUUGAUAAUUCUGUUUUCUGUCCUCAAAAACUUUGGCAAUAACUUACAGAUCACAAUGUUACACCUUCUGCAAGAAAAAGAAAAGUUAACUUUCUUACUUCAGGAAGACGGUGAAGUUGCUAAAUACAGGAAUUCACUCACUCAGCGUGUUAAUCGUCUCACCAAAGCCUGCCAGUAUCUAAGAAGCUUCUCUCUGCAGCUUUCUUGA